UGAUUAAUUUUUUUAAUUUAUUAACAUAAAAAUCCUUAAUUAGACGAUAACAUGUGAAAAUUAAGGGGAAAAACGUACGGAGGAGACAGGUUUUGGAGCGUUUAUCCGGGAAACCCACCACCACCACCACCUGCCAUUCCAAUAGAAAAGAAAAAAAAAAUAAAAUUACUGUAGUAAAAAGCCAUCAUCACCGUGGCACCACCGCCCCAAACCUCCCCCCACCCCACCACACACACACACACACACAAAUCUCUUAUUGUACACCCAAAUUCUCCGUGUCUCUAAAAACCUGAUCAGUGCUUUCAUUCCUUGCAGCAGAAAGCUGUCGGAUGGCUCCUCUUGCUACCCAGAAAGAAGGGGAGCUAUUCGGUUUCAUAUUCAUGUGCAGUGGAGUGACAAAACCUGAGUGUUACCUAAACCGUGUUUUUGGGCUUCCUGCGGGAAAAAGGGAAGUUGUUGAGAAGAUCAAACUGGGUACCAAGUUAUUUCUGUUUGAUUUUGAAGCGAAGCUUCUCUAUGGUGUGUACGAGGCCGCUUCCAAGGGAGGGAUGAACUUGCACCCGUCUGCUUUUGGGGGAAGGUUUCCAGCACAGGUGCUAUUCGAAAUUUGCAACAAUUGUCUUCCGCUGCCGGUAAGUUCUUUCAGAUCAGCUAUCAAAGACAAUUAUCAAUGCUCCAAAUUUACACCAGAACUUAAUUCUCAGCAGGUGAGAGACCUUCUGUUGUUGUUUAAGUCCAUUGUUGCACCAACUACUUCACUACACCCUGCAGCAGAUUAUGCUGCACCUGAAACACAGAUGCUAGCUUUAGCACCCAAUGGCGUACGGGGACCAAGGAUGCCAGAUCCGCCAAGUAAUGGAAUGAUUAGUUCUUCAGUAACGCCAUAUCCACAGAAUUGCUAUCGACCUUAUCAGGUUGGACCUUUACAUAAUUGUUCGCAAGAAAUAACACAGUCUCAGUUUGUUCGGAAAAAUCCACGUCUACACCAUCCCACCCCUCAUCAAGCCCCUCCAGCCCCUGUUAAUCCAUAUGAAUUUGCCGACAAUCAACCACCAUAUCUCUCCAGAGAACUAUAUUCAAGGUAUAGGACAAUGCCUGAGGUGGAUGAUCAUACAGUUGGCUUGGAUGGUGAACACAGUGCUUUAGUCUUACAACCAGUUCCGAAUCAUGUAGAUGGGUGCCCUCAGGGUCACAACUCCUACACUAUCCCAAAAUCUUAUGUUUCUCCACAAGGACCACAUCUGAUGACUCAACCUUCUUACAGUGACCCAAUAUACAAGCAAUUAUUACAGUAUGUUUUGUCUACUUCUAUGUUACAGCUAAUAGGAGUCAGCAAUGAAGAAGCUGACUUUUCGGUUAACACUACACCAAUUACCAAGAUGACCUCAAAAGAAAGGAAGAAGGCUUCAAGGAAAAGGAGGAGGGCUUUGAAGAAAAUGAAGAAGGCUUUGAAAGGAACCUCUGGUUUAAGCAUGUUAGACUUUAGAUUGACCAAAAACAAGACUUUUGGUGAAUCAAGCAUGAUAAAAAGGAGAGAGAAAGACAAAACUGGCACUUACGGGGCCGUUUCAUUUAUAUCUAGUGGUAAGAUGGAAUCUGAACCAGAGAUGACGUCCUUUGAUGAAUCAAAGCCAAGACACCAAACUGCCAUCUCAUCAAGUUAUGGCGCCUUCGAGACACACACAACGGGUUUUGGUUCAAAAAUGUUGGCAAAAAUGGGGUUUUUGGAUGGAGGUGGAUUGGGGAAAGAUGGUAGAGGAAUAGCCGAGCCCAUUCAAGUGAUCGAGCGGCCAAAAUUACUCGGAUUAGGAGCAAUGGCACCUGAAAUCUAGCAUGUAGGAACAACCCCACCACAAAGGUUUAAUAGGUCAGUGGGCUAAAGCCCUAAAGAUACUGAAAGUAGGGGAAAGUCUAUUCCGGUAGUUUGGAAGGCAUACAAAAGGGUUUGGGUCAAAAGUCCAAAAUGGGGUAUGCUGAAGAGACCAAUAAUACAAGACUCUUCAUCCAGACAAGCAUUCUUUACUUGUGUUCAUUUCAUAUCUGAAGUGUAUCAUGUUCUUCAAUCUAAUGCCAUUACAUUCCAACUCUUUAGCGAGGUAACAUUACAUCUAAGAUGAUAACUGAUACAGGAUUAGCCUGACUGAUUAAAUGAAUAUGCUAUUGCAGACCAA